UAUAUUUUAUCAAGUUAUUAAGUAAUAUGGCAUUAUUACAUAAUGCGUUGUUACAUGCCCUAAGCUUCCUGGAUAGGUUCUGGGGUCCCCCAACCCCUCAUUGGGUAAGCUGCUACAGAAUCGGACAGAUCAUCACCUGAUCUUCUUGUAGUUUGAUCAAAGUCAUUCAAUAGUUUUUUUAAAUGGAUGUUGUUCAAAAAUCUAAACAAAUUCUUCCCAUGUUUGGGACCCUGAUGCAGGUGACACAAUCUAUGGCCGGGUGAUGGUGGACCCAGUGCAAAACCUUGGCGACUCCUUCAUCUGUAACAUCGAGAAGGUCUUCCUGUGCACCGGCGCCGAUGGCUACGUCCCCAAAUACAACCCCAGCAAGUCUGAGUUUGGCUGCCUUGCCGAUUCCCCCUCGCUCCUUCAUCGGUUCAAAAUCAUCGACAAGGCUCAGCCCGAAACGCAGGACAGGAGCUUUGGGAGCGUCGGCUUCAAUGCGCUUCUGGCCCUGGAGGACCCACAGGCGCAGGCCCUCGUCAGGCAGCCAGGCUCCGACGGAUUCAGAGUGGACUCCAGCCCCCUGUUCCAGGUGGCGACAGGGAGGGCAUGGUACCUGCACACUAUUUACACAGUGCGUUCCAGGGAUAAUGCCAACCGUGGUAUUGGGAAGCGUAGCCUGGAGUACCAUUCCUUGGCACAGGCUGCCAGUUCCUCGUCCAGGGCGUCUCGGUCCAUGAGGUCAGCUGGUGGGGUGCAGGACAUCGCAGACAAGAUUGGUGCUGAGAACAACAGAGGUACCAACAUCAUGCAUAUCGCGCUGGACUACAGCCGCCAGCGGACGAGUGCGGGUGGGGAAAUUUUCGCAGAUGGUGUCGUCCCACAAGAGCUCGCCAGGCAUGGCAAGGAAGCAGGCCUCGUAACGACAGUGGGUGUCCUGGUGGGACUGCUGCUCUUCAUCCUCGUAGUCAUCCUCCUCAUUUUGUUUGUGUACUCCAAGAAGAAGGAGAAGAAGGCAGCACCGAAGGUGUGUGGGAGUAAGGAGCCCAUCAUCACACAGGGCUUUAGCGCUGCCGACAGCUCGGAGGUUUGACCGACAUCCAGGAACCUGCCAGCCCUUGGCUUCAUUAUUUAGUCCAUUAUAUUUGUUUUGAAAGCCCUACAAAGCAAUUCACCAACAUUCUAGGAGGACUUUUGUCAAGCGGCAUUGUGCGAAAAAGGCUUGGGGUUCAGACUGAGGGCUUGUCAUUUUAAUUUUCAUUUUCUGUAAAACCUACUUGAAUGAACUGCCACAAGCUGGCCAAUGUAAACUGGCCAAUGAGAUACAAGCUCCAUCCAGCAAUCGACAGCAAAGCCCCCCACUGAAAAGCAGCACUGCAUAUCAGGAACUCUUCCAUUUACCGGCUUUGCCAUCCUGUUUGUUUUUAUAUAUAUAUA